CUACAGCCCGCCCCCCAACAAUCGCGUGGAUGAAGACACCGUUGAUGCCCCGCACUUCGGCCAAGUGGCUGACCAGCUGCAGCAGCCAAUGGAGCCACAGCCACAGCAAAAGGGCCAGGGAGUACAGCAGCAGCAGCACCAGCAGCUGCACCAGCAAGAGGCUGAUGUGGUGGUGGGUCCCCUCUCUCACCCUGCAGCAGCAAUCGGCCAGUCCGACAAUGGUGAGGCGUCCCCCGCAGGUGUUGUUGCUCAGCCCCAGCUGCAGCCAACGCCCUCGUUUGCGCCGCCGUCCAUUCCCAACUCGGCUCAUUUCCUCCCUCCCCCGCCACCCAUCGCCGUGGCCGUGGAGACGCCGCAGUUCCCCCUGUCUGAGGCGCAGCAGGGCGCUGCUGAUGGAGGGGAUGUGGAGGGGCAGGGGAGGGUGCGGGUGUGUUGGCGCCUCCGGCUGUGGAGCUGCCUGUCGGUGACCCGGUGA